AUGCUUGGUGUCGAUUCUAAUGCACAAAAUAUCAAAACUUUACUAGAAGCCGAGAAGUUUUUCGAUAAAUACGAGAUAACACAAGCAAGAAGAAUCUUAUCUAAUACAAGAUUAUCAACUAAAGAUUACAUUUCAAUGUUAAAACAGGGAUCAGAUAAAUACGAUUCUCCUGACUUAUUUUAUGCAAUUCAAAAUGCACAUGCUUCUCUGAAUUAUCUUGAUGAAACACUAAUGAUUAUUAAAUCUCUUCAAAAAUGCUUAAAACUAGCAAUAUUAGAAGAUAUAAUCAAUAAAUUAAAUCCACUUAUUACAUGUACAGGAGAAACUGGAAUGAAUACAAAAGAAAACCAUACAGAACCAGGAGAUGUUCAGCCUUUUGAAGAAGAUGUUCAAGAAACAAACGCAUAUUAUAGAGUAUCAUCAGUUGAUGAACCACACAUAAUCGGUGAUAUUGAACCUGUAGAAGAAGAUACUCAAAAAACAAAAGAAUAUCUGGUUAAGAAACACCAAGUUCCAAUACGAACAACUAAAGAAGUUCAUAAAAUGACGACUGUUGAAGAAGAUUACAUUAAGAAGUGGAAUAAAUUGGUAUCAACAAAUUCACUCGAAACUCUUUUAGCUAAAAGUAAAUCCGAAGUCAAAAAUUUGUUCAAAGAACUUCUUGAUACAGAUUAUCCUGAAUUAAAUAAAAUCAUAAUUCAGAAAGUCAAAUCAGAACCAAAAGUCUUCAAUAUUCAAUAUGAAGUUUUCAAUCAGAUGUCAUCAAAUCUAUCCAUUCCAAGAUCUCUCCGCUAUUCAUUAAUUCCAAUUUUAGCAUCAAAAACAACUGAUUUCAAAGUAUUUUUGCAGAACCUUCACAAGUAA